CCGGGCUACAAGGAAGUGACGUAACACCGACACCGGACGUUAUACUUUAAGGAAAAUGGCGAACCUCGUAGAGGCGAAGACUCAGUCGGACUUUGAGGAUUUCCUCGCCAAAGCCGGCAAACGACUAACGGUGGUUCACUUCCAGGCGGCAUGGGCUCCUCAGUGCGGCCAAAUGAACGAGGUGAUGGCCGAGCUGGCCAAGGAACACGCUCACAGCACCUUCGUCAAACUGGAGGCGGAAUCGGUGCCGGAGGUGUCAGAGAAGUACGAGAUCGCCUCGGUGCCUACUUUCCUUUUCUUCAAAGGAGCGGAAAAGGUGGACCGGCUGGACGGUGCCCACGCCCCGGAGCUGACCAAGAAGGUACAGCGCUUGGCAGUGAGCGGGGGCUCGGCGGGUGACCCCGAAGGCGGCCCCGCGGAACUGAACCAGCGGCUGAAGAAGUUGAUCAACGCGGCCUCCUGCAUGCUCUUCAUGAAGGGUUCCGCGCAGGAGCCUCGCUGCGGAUUCAGCCGGCAGAUCGUCGCCCUCCUCAAGGAGCGCAGCAUCCAGUUCAGCAGCUUCGACAUCCUUUCCGACGAGGAGGUCCGACAGGGUCUGAAGGCCUACUCCAACUGGCCCACCUACCCUCAGCUGUACGUCAACGGUGAGCUGAUAGGCGGACUGGACAUCGUCAAGGAGCUGGCAGAGUCCGGCGAGCUGGAGAGCACCUGCCCGAAGGCGGUCACAGUGGAGCACCGCCUCAAGACGGUGAUCAACCAGAGCCCCGUCAUGCUGUUCAUGAAGGGCAGCAAGGAGGCGGCGCGGUGCGGCUUCAGCCGACAGAUCCUGGAGAUCCUGAACGACACCGGCGAGCAUUACGACACGUUUGACAUCCUGCAAGACGAGGAGGUGCGACAGGGCCUCAAGACUUACUCCAACUGGCCCACCUACCCGCAGCUGUACGUGAAGGGGGAGCUGAUCGGGGGUUUGGACAUUGUCAAGGAGCUGCAGGAGAGCGGGGAGCUAGGGUCGGUGCUCAAGGGGGACUCUUAGGUCUUAUUUGGGGGCUACAGGAGAGGCCUGCGCGUCCACAUGGUUAUUUGGGGGCGACAGGAGAGGCCUGCGCGUCCACAUGGUUCUUCUGCUGUAACACCUCACUAGCAUAACAAUCACAUUAAAAACCCACGGAUUGUUUCAACCAGAAUCCUAACAAGUGUGUUUAUUUUGUAUGACAACUUUCAUAUAGGGAGCAUUAAAAUGAACCUGCUUGAGUUAUUUGCUUCAAUGCCUAAAUCAGACGGGGAACUUCACUGUCUGACUCACAACGAUAGCUCCACUGCUUUCAGUAUUAAGGCUUCAUGCUAUCACUUUCACAUUCACUCAUCUUCCAUGUCCGUGUAGGAUGAAACAACUGGUUUACUUCUGCAGUCUUUCCCAUACACUCAUUUAUUUGUGGUUGUCCCAAUGUAUUUGUGGUGGGGUCUUGCUCAGAAAUGCAUUAUAAUGGGAGCGUGAAUGUAGCUUGUUGUACAGUAGAUGGCCCUGUAGCAGCUGCUUAAUAUACAUAAUUCUGCUCGAGAAUAAGACUAGCAGGAGCAAGGCCUCCGUCUUGCUUGUGCUCUCUUUUUGUCGCCCACAAUGUCCAUAUAAUGGUGCCAAUUAUGCAAAUUAGACAAUGAUGUCAUCUACCCCCCCCCCACAGCCAUAUGUAGAUUGCAGUCCCGUGGAAAACACUUGAUAAAUAAAAGUAUUAUUCUAA